CGGCCGCGCCCAGACUCCGCCGCCGCUCCCGCCGCCGCUCCCGCCGCCGCUCCGCAGCUCCCGCCGCUCCCUCCGCUCCGCAGCGCCAUGUCCGCCGAGCCGGCCCCGGCCCCCGCCGCCCCCGAGCCGCCCAAGGGCGGCGGGGCGCCGGCCGAGCACCGGGCGCUGGUGCUGACGGGCUUCGGCGGCUACGACAAGAUGAAGGUGCAGACGCGGCGCGGCGCGGAGCCGCGGCCCGGGGAGGUGUCGGUGAGCGUCCGCGCCUGCGGCCUCAAUUUCGCCGAGGUGAUGGCACGGCAGGGCCUGUACGACCGGCUGCCGCCGCCGCCCAUCUGCCCCGGCAUGGAGUGCGCCGGCACCAUCCGCGCCCUGGGCGACGGCGUCCGCGACCGGCAGGUUGGUGAUAAGGUAAUGAUCCUGGCUAGGUCAGGGCUCUGGCAAGAAGUCGUGAAUGUGCCGGCCAAUCGAACUUUCCCAAUGCCUGAGGGGAUGAGCUUCGAGGAAGCUGCUGCUCUUCUUGUUAACUACAUCACUGCCCACAUGGUUCUGUUUGACUUUGGAAACCUGAGACCCAACCAGAGUGUCCUCAUCCACAUGGCUGCAGGUGGUGUGGGAACUGCUGCCAUCCAGCUGUGCAAGACUGUAGAAAAUGUCACCAUUUUUGGCACAGCAUCUGCCUCCAAGCACGAUUUCCUCAGGGAGAGUGGAGUUACUCACCCCAUUGACUACAGAACCAUGGAUUAUGCAGAGGAGAUCCGGAAAAUCUCUCCCAAAGGUGUUGACAUUGUCCUGGACCCUCUGGGAGGAGCUGAUACACACAAAGCUUUUAACCUGUUGAAGCCGAUGGGCAAAAUCAUCAUUUAUGGUGCAGCAAACGUGGUCACUGGGAAGAAGAGGAGCCUCCUGGCUAUGGCUAAAACCUGGUGGCACCAGUUCCACAUCAGUGCCUUGCAGCUCCUAAGCAUGAACAAGGCUGUGUGUGGCUACCAUCUUGGCUAUAUGGAUGAAGAAGUUGAGCUUCUUGGAAAUGUUGUAGCCAAGCUGGCUAACCUGUACACUCAAGGCAAAAUCAAGCCCAAAAUUGACUCUGUAUGGCCCUUUGAUCAGGUGGGAGACGCUAUGAGGCAGAUGGAAGAAAAGAAGAAUGUUGGAAAAGUCAUCCUGGUUCCUGAAUUACCCAAGGAAGAAUCUAAAAAAGAAGAAAACUAAGGAGAAGAGAUGUAUGCAGAUUAUGAAUUCAUGAUUUAACUCCCUGAUCUCUUUGGGAACUGGAAAUGGACAGAUCAGUAUCUUCCAUCUUUCACCAGUACAAGAACAUCAUGGUUAUCAUUCAGAUGAGGUUUGCAUGCUCUUGUUGUGACUGACCCUGUGCCAGAUAUGCCUCCUGCUCUCUCUUUUGAAGCCUGUUUAUUUCAUACUGCUUUCUAACCACUUGUUUCUUCACUGAAUUUCCAGACUAAUCUUAUUUUUCUCUGGCAGUGAGGCUGAACCUUCCAAGCAGUUGGUGACUAACAACUGCACAGCCUGUCACUGUAAAGUCAUGGUGCAGUGUACUCUAACAGCUGCCAAGUAUCUCUGCAGAAACUAAGCCCUGCUGAUGCAUUUGCACUGUCAGCUUUGGGAAGCCUGUUCAGCAGAGGAUUGGCCAAAUGUAGGAUGUUUCCUCCACAGCCAAAAGAUAACCACAGCUGGCCUAGUUUAAUUUGAACAGGGAUUUCUUUUCUGCUCACAAUAACCCAGCUCUAUUCCCUCUGCUUUUUGUAGGCUACUAACACAGCCAGAUAGUAACAGCUCAUGUUGUUUUUGCCUUGACCAUCCUGGCAAUUUGGAGUCUAUGGCAUAUCAUACUUUAUUUGCAGUCACUUCUCUGUGCAGUCAGUAAAUACCCUGACAGAUUGAGCUGGGCUAUAUCUGACUACAGAAGAAAAGUUUGAUUUAGAUAACCUGAUCCCUGUCCAUUUUCUAUUUCCAAAUUGUUUAGAGAGGUCUGAGCAGUGUCUGAUUUUUAGAGACCAUAAGGACUCAACUGUGUCUCAAAUGACUGGAAAAAUUGAUGUUGGCUCUGUGCUUUAUUAUGCUCCAAGUUGGUAUUGUUAGGGCUUCACCCUUGUCUUUGUAUUGGACUUCAUUGAGAUGGAAACAAAAUAGUCCCCUGCUUCUUUGCUGAGCAGGGCUUGACUCUUCUUCCCUUCAAUCUGUGUCUUGGGGCUCCAGCACUGAGGGUUUAGGAGCUGCCUGGGUUGCUCCUCUCUCUACCAGAACUUCUACUUUUCUUUCCUUGUGUGCAUUUGGAAACAGCUGUUGGAGACCCAAGCUCAGCUCUGUGAGCACCUUGAGUCCUGGGUGAUGCUGUCCUUCCCACAUACCCUGUUUGCAGCUCUGGCAGCUCUGGUGCUGUCUGUGCUUACUUGUCAUGGAUUGUAGGUGUGGGGGCUUUUGGGCUUCAUUUUGGAUUUGAAAUGUAAACCCAAUGGCACCAAGAAGAGCUGCCCAUCAUGGAAGAAGUCCUGCUGCAGAAGUAAAACCUUGAGACUAGAAUUCUGCUUAACUAGCCCACAGGGAGGGCCCAGGGCCCAAGGAGGGCAGGUACCUGCAGGGCACAGGGCUGGGCAGGCAGCCCCACCAGCACCCAAGAGAGCCCACACCACACAGGGCUGGGGUUCCUCUCUGCCUUCUCUCUGCCUGCUCCUGGGACUCCUGUCUGUCAGUGCAGCUUGCUUGGGCUCAGAGUUCUUUAGAAAUAUACAGGCACAGCUUCCAGGGGCCUUGCCCUGGCUAAUUUCAAAUACUGCAACAACCCUGUUCUCUAGAACCUCAGAGUAGUGCUGGAGUCCUCUCACAGAUCCUUGUCAGUUCAUCUCUUGAACUUCAUAAACACAGGCUGAUGGAACUCUCAAGCACAACUUUUUACCUUUCUGAAUCCAAAAUCUUGCUGCUUCUUUCAACCUGCCCUGUCAUGCUACUUUAGAUUGGAUCCAACAGUGUCUAAUGCUGCUUUGCCAGAUGUGAAAACAGAAGGACUGUCUAAAUUGCUGACACAGAAAGUCUGCACCUGCUCCUGUGAGCAACUGGACUUCACCUUGAUGAAAGGCACACAGCCUGCACACUUCUGGCAGUGCAGGAUUGUAAAAGGGAAAGCUCUUAUGGUGUGUUUCAUAGUAACAUCCUCUCCCUGCUUUAUCCUGAGAUUUGUGCUCAGUGCCUUACGUGGAUGGCCUCGGGUCAGGCAGUGUGGCAGGGCUCUCCCAGACCCUCUGCCCUGCAGCCUCCUGUGUGCCAUGGGAAACAGCAUCUCAGUGCCUUCUGCUAUAUGACUAGCAAGUCACUGGGGCCUUUUCUCCAUUCUGGCCUUUCAAAGUAUUGCCAAAACCCUGUUUUGACUCUUAUUAGCUCUGUUUUGUGAAUGCUGGUGAUGUUGUUGGACUUUCUGUGAAUUAGCUGUUCUCUCCCCAGGUGUUCCAGCCUUUCUGGGGCUGCUGGUUCUGUACCCCCCAGUCCAUAAAACCUGUUGUAAAGCCCUUGUCUUUUCCAGGGCAGCUGUUUGGCUCCAGAGUGAGCCUUCAGUGAGACUUUAUCAGCUGCUCCUUGGCUCUUUGGAAACAAUCCUAUCUCCUGGCUCUCUUCGGGCUCACAUGUCUUCUACCUAGAAAUUCCUGAAGCCUUUAUCAAGGCAGGAAUGCCAAGCAGUUACUGCCUGUUCGAGUUCAGCACUGGCUAUUUUGUGUCUCUUGGUAGCAACAGUCUUUUCUACAGGAAGACCAAGAUUAAAUGUAACCUUGCAAUCCUCCACCUUCUCAAUGCUCUGGUCUAGGUGGGUAUGGUUGGUUGUGUUUUGGUUUUUUACUUUUCUUUUUUAUGGGCCAGUAAGUAUAGAACCUGUGUAAAACAACUUCAAGUGUCUUAAUCAAGUUAACCAGCCAGUUUGUAUACUAAGGACCAAAGCAAAAAAAACCAAAAUGAAACUCUAGGAUAAAAAUCAUCCCAUUCAAUGUUGCUUCUUUAGGGCAAAGUUGUGCUACUGAGGAACUGGGAGAUUCCUGUACUUAUCAUGUAUACCAUUCCAGAAGUGCAAUUUAAUGUUUAUUUUACUGAUUGUCUGACUCAAAGGUUGUGCCAUUCCAGAAGUGCAAUUUAAUGUUUAUUUUACUGAUUGUCUGACUCAAAGGUUGUGCCACGAGGAGUCCAAGUGGAAGUGUAAGGAGUUGAUGAGUGCAGGAGGCACCAGGGGGUGCCUGCUGCAGGGGCUCGGUGCCAGAGCCUCUCCUGUCAGUGCUGCACUGACCUCCCAGCCUGGUGCUGCUGCUCUUGGACAAAGUGCAACUCCUUUGCUAUCACCAGGCAGUGGUUGCAACAUUUUUGGUUCUCUUUGGUUCUCUGAAGCUCACUUGUGUUGCAAGGUGAUUGCAGGAAGGGAAGGGAGCAGAGGUGGCCUCUGCUUGCACAGAGGAGUGUGGCCCCUGCCAAGUGCUCUGGGAAGGAGUUCAGCUCUAUGUUUUGUUUCAGACACUUGCAUUAAACUAGAAUUGUUUAACCAGGGAGAAGUAAGAAGCUCUGUGUGUCAGGCUUCAGCUAGUGCAGGAUCCUGGCUGCUAUCAUAGGUGUUAAACCACUCUGGUUGCCUGAAGUCUCUGAUGUGCUGAGCCCUCGUGAUGGCAAAGUGUUAUUGGCAAGUAGUACAUGAGCAUGAUGUGAAAAGUGUUAGACUCUGAGUGAGCCUCUUACAGCAUAUGGUCUGGUCUGUACUGUCUGCAUUGUGUUGAUUUGCAGAUUUGUGAUAUGAGUGAUGCUCAUCCUACAGACACAUAGCAAAUCUUUUGAUUAAAAAAUAUAUUUCGCUUUGUAUGUGUAACCAAGUUGGACAGAAGACAACUGUGCCACUGCUGUUUACAUGACUACAAUGUGUACUGCUCCUCUGUCAAAUGUUACCAUAUGCCUUAUGUGUUUCAAAUGUUAAUUAAAAGCAUAACAAAACCUUC